CCGGGCCGGGCCGAGCCGGGCUCGCCGCAGGUGCCGCCGGGCUGCGGAGCGGGCCGCGCUGCAGGGAGAGCCGGAGGCUGGCGCAGGGCCGCCCGCGGGAGCACCGCGGGUCCCCACGGGCAGGCCGCUGUUCCAUCCGGCGUGCGCUCAGUCCUAGCGCAGGUCCUGCUUUGCCCUUCCUGGAGCGCAGUGCCGGUACGCGAAGGCUCCCCUGCUUCCAGGUCUCUGCUCGGAUCUGUGAGCCUGGCAGCAGGCCUUACGAGCCAGCCGUGGCAAAGGGGAUGCAGCACUUCUUUUUUUUUUUGGAUGCGGCGCAUACUAGUUUCCCCGUAGUUACGGUGGAAGAUCGUCCUUAGAGGUGCUGGUUAAAACAGGCAAAGCUGGAAGGAUUUCUAGUGUGUCUGUGGCCACGGUGCUGUCAGACGUUGGAAAGGCUGGUAGUGGAUCCAGCUGCCAGCACUGUUGUGCUGGAUGGAUUUGUGCUCCUGAACAGGAUGGUUUUACCUCACAGAAUAAUGUUAAUGCAGAUGUCCAAGUUUAAACUUAUAUCCCAGGCAUAUGAAGUUCUGUCGGACCCAAAGAAAAGGGACCUCUAUGACCAGGGUGGGGAGCAGGCUAUUAAAGAAGGAGGCCUGAGUGGCGGCAGCUUCUCUUCACCCAUGGACAUCUUUGACAUGUUCUUUGGUGGUGGAGGCCGAAUGAAUAGAGAGAGAAGAGGCAAAAAUGUGGUGCACCAGUUAGGUGUAUCUCUUGAAGAUCUAUAUAAUGGCAUUACAAGGAAACUGGCACUGCAAAAGAAUGUUAUUUGUGCAAAGUGUGAAGGUUAUGGCGGAAAGAGAGGGGCAGUAGAAAAAUGUCCUGUGUGUAAAGGAAGAGGGAUGCAAGUUAUAGUUCAGCAGAUUGGACCUGGCAUGGUGCAGCAAAUCCAGACUGUGUGCCCAGAAUGCAAAGGCCAAGGUGAAAGAAUAAAUCCAAAAGACAGAUGUGACAACUGCAAUGGCUGUAAGGUUGUAAGAGAGAAAAAGAUCAUAGAAGUUCAUGUUGAUAAAGGUAUGAAAGAUGGUCAGAAGAUAGUAUUUCAUGGAGAAGGCGACCAGGAGCCUGAUUUGGAGCCUGGUGAUGUUAUAAUUGUCCUUGAUCAAAAGGAUCACAGUGUCUUUCAGAGACGAGGGCAUGACUUAAUCACAAAAAUGAGAAUUCAACUCUCAGAGGCCUUAUGUGGUUUCAGAAAGACAAUUGAAACUCUGGACAACAGAGUUCUUGUCAUAUCUACUAGGCCAGGUGAAGUGAUAAAACAUGGUGACCUAAAGUGUGUCUACAACGAAGGGAUGCCUGUCUACAAAUCUCCAAUGGACAAAGGCAGCCUGAUCAUACAAUUUUUGGUCCAGUUUCCAGAGCACUACUGGCUCCCAAGGGAGAAACUGCCUCUGCUGGAGGCUCUGCUUCCUUCACGAGAAGAUGUUAUGGUUACAGAUGAGAUGGAUCAGGUAGACCUUGAAGAUUUUGAUCCCAAUGAGCAAACCUACCGUAACAGUGCAGGAGAAGCAUAUGAAGAAGAUGAGGAGGGUCCAAGAACAGGCGUACAAUGUCAGGCAUCUUAAAGCAAGGUGGAGCAGAUGUCAUCUAAGAUGUAAAUUUUCACAAUGAAAACUGCAUGGCUGUAAUAGCCACUGCUUGUGAGUUUUGUGUUCAGCAAAUUGAGUUGCUGCGCUGUCAGUAUCACCUUUUUGUAACUAAUUUAUAUUGCGUUCUCGUAGUCUUUCUAUAUAAAGCAAAUGUCAUACAGCUGAGAACCAACUGAGUUGGUAUGCAUUUUCCUUGCUGUGAAGGUUCUCAAUUUAUUCACCUGUGCUAUUUCUAUAAGACUGGCAAUAUUGAUAGAGGCUAAGUGGAGUGUCUUAUGUAAAUACUUUCAUACUGGAAGAUUAAUUUCAUAGAAUAAAACAUAGCAGAAUAACUUCUAAUAAAUAGUACUUCACCUUUUCUUGUGCUUCUCUUGUACUUGCCAAGCCAUUCUGGACCCCCCUUUAUUUAAACAAGUUCUUCUAAACUCAGACUCCUGUCAUCUAGUCUAGAUUAUUUGUGUUAGCUGCACCACUCACACCUGCCUCAUUUUGUAUUUUGGAACCAUUUUGUGCAUGCCCUCCUCUCUGCCUCGUAGCCCCCUCUUCCUGUGUUUUGUGGGUUUACAGUAGCAUUCCUUCACCUGCUUAUGUGUGUGUGACCUAAGGUUACAAGCUGUCCUCUAAUGUGUUACAUACAAGCAAAUACUUGCAAAUAAAAGUUUGACCUUUCAGAAGCUCAAGCUUUGUAUUUCAGCCUUCCCUAGAAAGGGUUUUUACUUCCUCCUAGGCAUUGUAUACUUGUGCCUUAACUAAAAUGAAUAAACCAAAACCACCUGCACUGGGUAUACUGCUGCUCUUUUGUAAGGUAUGUGAUACCACAGAACAGCAAUCCUAUUAAAGCUUUUUUCCAUUUUA